AUAUACAUCACCGCGGCACCGUCCGCGGUUUUCCAUGGGUAUCGGCGAGCCGAGAGCCGUCCCGACGCUGGCCGACACGCACCGAGCCCCGCUGAGGACUGUCAAUCCUGGACGGGAUGCUGCGCUCGGAGUACGCUCGGUGACGAAUGAUAUCGCCCGAAAUUACGGUCUUUCGUGCUACGCGACACACGUGCGGUACGCCUUCAAGUGCGACUACGAGCCCAGAGGACCUGCGCUGGCGAGACGACCGUGCUCCGGAUCGGCACAACGAUCGAGUUCCAGUUAACAGAACCUGAAGGAUCGAUAUUUAUUUUCUUGCCACUCUCAUUUGAGGAAACUUCCGGGAUCAUUGUGCUUUAGCGCGAGCAGCAUAUUAAGCCGCAUACUAACGAGAGACCAUCGAAUGACCAGAGGGAAGUGCGAUAUCGCGGGGAGCUCCUCGCAGAUAGAAACAUUCUCGUCUGUAUUGACGAUUCGUACUGCUUCAUCAUUCAUUUCCGCGUUGUAUCUUAACCGAUAAUAAGAAGCCGACGAAAUUCAAGUUGGAAAACGGAGCUCGACCCUGUGCUAAUAUUAAAGAAGCGUUCGAGAGCUACGUUUUACACCGUAGAUCCUGGAUGUUGUAAAGUCAAUGUUACAUUGCGGCCCCAUUGUGUACAGUGCGCUGUUCAUCGACCUCGCGCGAGCAUUACCCUCGUUAUGUCUUAAGGAGGUCUAACCAGUAACGCAAGCUUUUGUCAGCAAUUUCACCCGAGUGAAGGAGCAACGUGGACGAGGAUAAUUUCGAAUGACCUGAUCCGUCUUAUGUCGCGCUAAGUCGAUCGCUCGCUUAUUUUUUAUCGUUAUUCAUCAGCAAGCAGCUUUGUUGGCCAACAAACUAUUGCGAUUUAGCAAUAUCCUCUUAAGACAAUCUGAAUACGGAAGGACUCGUAGCAGCAUUAUUCGGAUCGAAGCUGAAGUGCCAAAUACUGUAAGCGCCCCAAGUAUCUCGUGUGAUUCCUGCAGUUCGUAGGGUUGUGUGCAAAGGUAUCGCGGGGGCAAAGUGAGGAAAGGGUGAUGGUGAAUGGACUCACAUGGUUACUCUAUCCGAUAGACAGUGAGUCUGCUCGAAGGACACAUGGUUCGUCGACGGUGUUGGGUUUUUCUGAUCCCACGCAGUUUCCCGUCGUACCUGGCUCGGUGACUGUUGGCGAAUCUGUUCGCUCUUCGUGGACAAAGACUGCCGAGAAGGUGGUGUGUGAAGGGAAGUACCAGCCACGACGGGGCCCAGCGCCGGGGCGGAGACAAGGCCCCCGGUGCAGGGAAGAAGCGAGGCAGGGGAAGAAGUCGAGUUUAGCGUAGCAGCAACGGCCCUGAAACGACAGGGGAGAACAACUACCCCCUUCAACAGGGGGGAAACUAGAAGGCGACCUCGCCGACGGAGGCGACGGAAAAAGAAGCGACGGAGGUGCGGCGUAAUUUUGAUCAUAGGGUGGACAGGGGAACGAAACGGGUCUGGAGUGGCUUGGCACUUUGAACGAAGGUGUCACACCGGGGAAGACGAAGGACUUUGAUUACUAUCUUCCGCUACCACCUUGUGUAUACGUGGUAUACUCACCCCUUUCUCCACUUGCUAAUUAAAAAGGUUCUGCAGUGCUCCAGUUUAUGAUUUUAUUCACUUUUGGUAGUGAGCUCAGUGUGAUAAAAAGUCAAAUGAUGUACAUGUGAUCCAAAAUGAUGGUAAUUUGAUAUAUAAAUAUAUAUAUGUGUGUGUGCUUGUGCUGCUCAAGAGUGCGUGAGAUGACAAAGGUCGAGUGAGAAAAAAUAGAGAAAGAGAUUCGCGAGGAGAAAUGCAAUUCCGAAGUGAUAAAUCUGUAUCUAUGUAAAGACGUGCCAGUGUGUCCGCACAGGAAGAGUACAAAACAAAAUAAAUUUAUGAAGAUAAAAGGAUAGAGAGAAGAAUCAUAGAUCAGCUGAAGAUAACCAAAGGAAAGUCAGUCAGCAACGUAGAGAAGUGACACAAGCAGGUGGGACAGGUGGGACAGUAGCAUGAGUUCGUACUUCGCGAAUUCGUAUAUCCCGGACCUGCGAAAUGGCGGGGUGGAACACUCGCAUCAGCAUCAGCAGCACUACGGUGCGGCCGUACAGGUACCUCAGCAGACACAAUCGGUCCAGCAACAAUCUCAGCAAACCGCCGAGCCCUGCGACCCGAGUUUGUUACGUCAAGGAGGAGUAUCCGCCCAUCAUUAUGGAACCACGGGAGGUCAGCAAGAUAUGCCUUAUCCGAGGUUUCCCCCGUACAAUCGGAUCGACAUGCGGAACGCGGCCUACUAUCAGCAUCAACAAGAACACGGAAGCAUGGACGGCAUGGCCGGUUAUAGGUCGACGUCUCCGAACGCCGGUAUGGGUCACAUGGGACACACACCUACCCCCAACGGACAUCCGUCCACCCCCAUCGUCUAUGCCAGUUGCAAACUUCAGGCGGCUGCCGUCGAUCAUCAAGGCGUUCUCGACGGACCGGAUAGUCCGCCUCUCGUCGAGUCGCAGAUGCACCAUCAAAUGCACAGCCAGCAUCCGCAUAUGCAGACGCAGCAAUCGCAGCAUGCGCAGCAGCCGCAGCAGCCGCAGCAUCAGCAUCUGCAGGCGCAGCAGCAACAUAUGAUGUACCAGCAGCAACAGCAAUCGCAAACUGCGUCGCAACAGGGACAAAGUGGAAUGCACUCGCAACAGCAGCAGCAAGCUCAGCAGCAUCAAGGUGUCGUUGCAUCGUCGCUCAGUCAACAACAGCAAGGCGCGCCUCAGGGUACGGCAACUUCGAAUUUACCGAGCCCAUUGUAUCCUUGGAUGAGGAGCCAGUUCGAGAGGAAACGGGGCCGGCAGACCUACACACGAUACCAAACGUUAGAAUUGGAGAAAGAGUUUCACUUCAACCGAUAUCUCACUAGGCGGCGACGCAUCGAGAUCGCACACGCGCUAUGUCUGACGGAACGGCAGAUAAAGAUCUGGUUUCAAAACAGACGGAUGAAGUGGAAGAAAGAGAACAAGACGAAAGGCGAGCCGGGCUCGGGCGAUGGCGACACUGAAAUCUCGCCGCAGACGUCGCCGCAGGGUUAAAAGAGCUCCGAGGAGUGGAACUUCCUUUCCACCUCUCUCAGGGUCGUUAAUACCUUGUUUCCAGCACUACCUCCUCCCCACCCAAACCCCCCAAUCCUCAUCGAUGACCUCCAAAUGAUCCCUCUAAGCAAUGACGCUUAUUUUGUCGUGUUAAUCAUGUUGCUUGUACCAAAAACGAAGCAGAUGACGAUGAAGGCGAGAAAGUUGUGGAAGGACCCGUAAGAGCGCUCGAUGACGAAUAGACGAUAAGAAGAAAACUUACGAUAAACCCCAGAGACGAGAAGAGGCAGGAAGAAGAGACUAAAACGAAGCAAAGACGCACAAACGAGUCAGUAGAGGAUUUGCGGGAAUGUGCGCGAAUAUAAGGUGGAUCAAGAUUAUUGAUCGACGAGAGUAAACAAAACUGGAUCACAUGCUAAUCAGAACCGCGUCAACCUCUAUUACAUUUAAUCGAUUAUUGUAUACUAAAGCCCAUAUAUAUAUAGGCUAUAUAUACAUCUAUAUAUAGCCUAUAUACAUAUAUACGUACAUGCAUACAUAUAUAUACAUUUAUGUAUAUAUAUGGAUGAAGAUGCACGUGUAGUUUAAUGUGAAAUCGUGGGAGCGAGUGACCGGUUGGUACUACGCACGCAGAAGAUGUGGUUCGGAAUGAUAGAGUAUUAAGAGUUAAAUCCGCUGAGAAAUGAAUGAUACGCGCGAAUCUGAAUACGAGUACGGUAGGAAAAAGAAAAGAGAUCGUGUUGAAAUCUUAGGCGAGCAUUUUAUUAUUUAUUCUCUUACAUCGUAAAGUAGAAUUGUAGAACGAUCAGUAGAAUAGUCGUACGAAGAUGUCCAUCGCGUCUGUAUUUAGCGAUAGGUAAGCGGUUUAGUGUCCUUAGAGGAUUGUUUAGAUAGAUUUCUUUCUUUAAUACCGCCGCGCGCGGUGGCUCUAACGAGGAUAUUUAUGAUUCGUGCCAAGUGUGAUCUUCGAGAAUGUGUUUUGAUCAAAUUCGAGGGGAGGAUUCGAGUAACGGCGGGAUACAGCAGGUGGACAGAAAGAAGAGCAGUGCGGAAGCGGAAGAGGAAAAAUCGUCAAGCUUAUCGUCUUAACCUGGGAACAGUGAUACAAGUGUGUGCAAAACUAAUUCCAUGGAAGAUCGGUGGAUUCUCAUGUAUAAAUAUAAAGGUCAUGGCGUUGUUUUUCAAAUGUCGUAUGCGGAAAAGGCGACCGUGAAUAAGACAGACUAGUGCUGAAUGAUUAAGUGAAUAUGAAAAAGAGAAAAAAAAACAGCGCCCUUCGGCGGAGCAGAGUCAAAUGGACUUGACAUUACUUCAUCAGCGUCAUCGCAAGGUUAGUCUUAUACAGAUUGCUAAUGAUAUGCAAUUAUCGGUUAAAUUACUUUGUUUCUCGUUGAAUCAUCGCGCAUUUGAUAAGAACAGUAAGCUUUCGAACACCAACGGAAUAAGCUUACAUUUUCGUGUACUUGAUGAUGCAUAAAACUGUAGCUUAUCCGUUUUACUAGCCGAUAGUUAGGAAAGUUUGUUCCUACCACGCAUAUUGCUCAAAAUACGAGUAUAUAAUGUACAUAAGCAGUUCUUUCCUAGCUAAAAAGCGUGUCCGCUUGGAAAAGGAUGUUGAAAUUACCACAUUUCUGACGGUGUUUUUGACAAUUUAGCAAUGUAUAUUUAAGAAAUUUGUAUUUUACUUACUCAAGAAACUUUCUUUAGUUUGUACUUGUAAUAGUUCAAAUGACUUCAAAAGACAAUUAUUUGAUAUUAAGAUAUUUGAUAGCAUCUAAUGAUAAUAUUGAAUGUCUCUGAUAUUAAAUAAAUGUACGUAGCGUAAUAUAUCUUUUACAAUGUUGGACAUGUCAUGUGAUCUCGAUUAAAAUUAUUUUCUUUAGAAUUUUUUUAAAAGAGCAAAUGCAACAGUUAUACUCGUAAUAGUGUUGCAAUUCUUCUUUCUGCUGUAAAUAUUGAAAGAAGCUAACUCAAAGGACGAAAGUUUAUUUGCAUUAGUAGCUAUCGAAAAUUUGCUCUUGCUCCGCGCGACAUGACGCCAAGUUACCAAGUGUUAUAAUACAUAGCGUAUUUUUGGAAUAGGAUGCUUUCGGCAUGAAACCGCUUGGCACCUUAAUAGCAGCUUGGAGCUAACCAAAAGAAAUUCUUUUUAUUAUGUACAUACAAUAAUUUAAUUGCAUCAUUAUUCCAACCAAUUAUACUUAGCUCUUUCUAGUACAAAGUCAAUUCGAACAAUCUUUAUUUGAUUCUCUCAAUUGACAAUGAGUGAUAUUGUGCUUCUUUUGUAAAUUCUUUUCUACUACUAUUUACACGAGACAAUUAUAACGUUUUUAUUUAUCCACGUGACGACACACUCGAUGAGUGAGAAAUGACCCGAUCAGCAAGAAUCCAAUUUGUUAGACUUGUAUAUUGAAACGAGCGUGUUAAGUGUGGCAAGCGGUAUCAGAGCACUCGUCAACUCGAUCGUCUGAUCUAGUUCGAUGAAUUGAUUCGAUUAUGCCGUAUCGGGAGAUUCAGGAAAGCCCGGCCACGUUGUAGCCAGGCGAGCCCAUAUAUUCCGCCGCGGUGAAUUAUUGUGCUGUGUUGUAAACUUAGAUUCGACAUAAUUAUUUAGUGUAUAUCUUGUAUACACCAUAAUUAAUGAUAUACGUAAUAAACGAUAUUAAUAACCGCGUGCUAAUUAUGAACAGCGAUCGAAAAUGCCUGUAGAGGUGGUCAAUCUUCUAACUCGCUACAGAAUUCGGCUCCUUACCAUCUCUUCAUUGAGAGAGAUAGAGGCGGAGAGAGAGAGAGAGAGUGGCAUAAGUCGUGUAAUCGAUAUACGUAACGUAUGGUCCAGCUCGUACGUCGACCGAGCGAUGUGUGACCAGCCUUUCCUUCUCGAGAAAUUUAUUUAUGUAAAACUCUUUGUCCUUGAGGAGCAACGAACUGUGUGAAAUCUGCGGAAAAUCCGCGGCGGUCGCUCGCUAUCGCGCGCGUUAGAAGGCGCCCGUUGUAAUCUAGCCAAUCAUACUCUCGCGAAAGAAUCCGUCAUCUUUUACAUUUUUGUUUCGUUGUUCAAUUUUGCGUAAUUUGGAUAUAUAGAAGUUAUUAUUCUGCAGAUUCUUUUGCCGCCAGUUACGCUGACAUUUUCUUCUUAAUCCUUGAAGUACAACAAUUGUACAAUUGUAUUAGUGAUGCGUGAUUCGUACAAAUUCGUACGAUAUUGGAUCGUUGCAUAUUUUACCGCGAGCAAAUUGCACGUAGCGUUUAACCGUUGAACAAGUAAUAUUAUUUUAAUGAUAGAGAAGGGGAUACGAUUCGUGAAAUUCUAAGCUUCUUAUCACUUCUAGCAAGGAACAUCCUUUAAUAUCAGUUAUUAUAAUAUUAUGGCCGAAAGAAAAUUUCAUAUAUCCAACUUCUAGAGAUCGAGCUAAUCAUUUUCUUCUUAAAUUGCUAAAGAGACAACGAUAAUAAUCUGUGAGAUGAGAUUCUUAUGAUUUGCUAUGUGCACAUUAUUACUUUGUUAUCUGUCGAAAUUGUAGUAUAUAUACGUUUACAUUCGAGAUACAGUACCGAUCUGUCAAAUCGAAGAUUAUUUGCAUACAUCUAAUUCGAUUGUAAUGUGUACAAAAGUUGAAUAGUGCAAUAAAAUAUGUUUAAAUAAAAUUUAAACGAAGGAUACGAUGGACUUCGGUGCUGUACAAGUAAUAAUUGUGGUGGGCGAUCGCCGUGGAUACGUACGCAAUUAAAGAAAAAUAAACUUUUGUAUCUAUUGGAUAGCGAACCUAUUACUUAUAGAUUACAAAUAUAUACAUAUAUUAUAUAUAACGCGAGAAGGGAAAUUCAUAAUAUUAACUGGGAGGAAUAAAAUGCAAAAUAUAUAUUUUAACUUUACUCAUAUAUAUGCGCAUUAAAUUACAAGAUAUACGUAAAUUAAACCAAGUACCGUGAGUGUAUGCAAAAGUAGAACGUAAAACUGAACGUAAAUGCAACAGUGUGUGUACGUACGAAGUAUGUCACUAAAAUAGUCCGUAUUCGAUAAGAGUAACAUCUAAAAUUUAAUUCAUAAAAAAAAUUAAGAAAUAGCGUUAAGUAAACGGGUAUGUGUCGGUUGCAAGUGAAUGGAGGUGGCGGUCGUGAAUUUUUAAUUGGAUUUUCGUCUAAAUAAAGAAACCGUAUAUCCGCCAUUAAGCGUACACCACGGGAGAGCAACGCGCAAUGAAAAUUUUAUUUAUUAUUGUCCACAAUACGCGAGAGAGCGGCGGCACUUGCAAAAAAAAGAACAUUGUACAUAAGUCCGAUCUUUCUAACUAGGCUAUCCGCAAGAAAAAAAAACGCUACCAGAUAAGUAGAACAAAGAGAAACGAAGAAAUAUAAGAAGUAAUGCUUGUCAAUGAACGAGUAAUUUUCAAACCGUAAUAUUGUUUAGUCCGGUAAUAUUUAUUGAUACAUGUUAUAUAUACCGCAAAGUGAAUCUUUCUGUUUGUUUAAUUGAUUAUACAAUAAAUAUUUUUUAUAAUGUACUAGA